GCGCUUAUCCUGAAGUGUUGUCCUCGUCCUUAAGUGUUUAUUUCUCCGGUGGCGUACCGUGGCUAUGCUCCGUGUGUCGGUGUCUGCUGGUCUCUGCUGUGUCUGCAGUCGUCCCUCUGACCUUUAGUCUGCUGGUCCCACCGCGGGAUUGUUAGGAUAUCCCAGCGGCGUUGUGCGCUCAGGACUCCGACUCAUCCUUGGAGAAGUUCCUCCGCCGCAGUCCCAUGCACAGCGCUUCUCUUCUCUCCUCCUGCUGCUGCGAUAAGGAUGCUGCUGGCUUUACACGGUCAAACUCCACAGGAUAAGCCUGAGUUUAACAAACGGACCAUGUAACCAGAUCAGAUAUGUUCAUACAGUGUGGCAGUCCUCUCACCUUUGACCUCUAAUGUGACUUCUCCUCACACGUACAACCUUUAAACACUCUUCUGAUGUGUUAAGCAACUUUGCUGAACAGUUUGAUGGAGAGCUGGUCGGAUGACAGCUGGAACUGUUGUCAUAACCGGAGGAAUACUGGCCACAGUGAUACUUCUGUGUAUCAUAGCUGUGCUCUGUUACUGUAGACUCCAGUACUACUGCUGUAAGAAGAAUGGGUCUGACAGCGGCUCCAUCUCUCAGCAACACUUUGCCUGCAACGCCUGCAGUGUCUCCGGCCUGGACGGGUCCAUCAUCACCCCGCUGUCCAUGUCCCCACCAGACCUGCCCCGAGCCUCCGACCCCACCAAACCCACAGGGGGGCCACGCACCUACUGCCCCACCUGCUCGCCCUAUGACUCGCCCUUCUACAUCCGUACCACUGACGAGAUGCGCAACGGUGGCGAGCGCAUCACCUACAUGCCCACACACUAUGAGAACCAGGCGCUGGCGAUGCCGCUGCCUACCGUCCGAGGCUCCCUGCUGAGGGAGACCAGCGAGGCCGACCCCCCCGAUUUCUACACCAACACCCGAGCCAUCAGCACCGAGGUGUGACCACUCUGAAAAAAGGAAAUCACACCCAAACACACCCCUAAUU